AAGCCUCGUUCACCCCUCUUUUAUUUCGACAACUCACACCCCCCACUUGGCUUAUCUUCUGAGUUAGGGUUUCUGUUUCCUCUUUACCCUCUUUCUUACAUUUCUCUAGGGUUUUGCCAUUCUUUUUCAUCAGCUUUGUAUAAUCCGAAGCAAUGAGUCGUCAUCCUGAGGUGAAAUGGGCCCAGAGACUGGACAAGGUCUUUAUCACUGUGCAGCUCCCAGACUCUAAGGAUUCUAAGGUCAAUCUUGAGCCAGAUGGAGUAUUCACUUUCUCUGGUAGUGCUGGUUCAGAGAAUCACCAUUAUGAACUGAAGUUGGAGCUUUUUGAUAAAGUUAAUGUUGAAGAGAGUAAAGUGAACAUUGGAGUUCGGAGCAUAUUCUGUAUCUUAGAGAAGGCAGAGAAGGGAUGGUGGAAAAAGCUAUUGCGUGGAGAUGGAAAGCCACCCCAUUAUGUCAAAGUAGAUUGGGACAAAUGGGUGGAUGAGGAUGAAGAUAAUGGAACUGCUGGUCUAGGUGACAUGGAUUUGGGAGGCAUGGACUUUUCGAAAUUUGGUGACAUGGGUGGCAUGGGCGGCUUGGGCGGAAUGGGUGGCUUGGGCGGUAUGGGUGGCUUGGGCGACAUGGACAUGGGAGGCAUGGGAGAUGAUAAUGAAUUCGACGGGAGUGAUGAUGAUGGUAAAACAAGAGGUCUCAAAGCCAGAAAAAAGCGGUGAUAAGGCUGAAUCUGCUAAGGCAGAGGCGGAAAUCAAAGGUGGAUCCUCAGAAGAGAAAAAGGAAGCAGCAGCAGCUAGCACAUGAUUUUGCGGGGUUGUUCAGAAAUAACCAAGCAUUUGAUAAAAAUGUUUUCAUAGUUGUGGUGGCUUGAAUUGAAUUUUUGAGCUUUUAUGAUGUGGCCUAUUUUACUGUGUAUUCCUCUGGAACUGCUGCUAUUUUUGAACUGCUUAACAUCUUUCUUUGCAAUCCAGGAGAACAAUUAUUUCACUAGUUUUAUAAGUGGUAAUGAAUGCAUUAAGAAUGAGUUGGAACUGA